AAGACUGGGUAGAGGCAGUCUUGAGGUGUUGGUGUGCGCGCUUCGACAUACAACGCUAGUAGUUACGAUCCUGUCGGUCAUUUUUUUUUUCUGUUAAUUCGUUUUCUGAGGGUUGACUUCCUUGUUAACUUUUCGGAUUUUAUUUCGCCUAUCAAAACUUGUGGUUUUGGCAAAUAUCGGUUUCGUGUGGAAAAUUUGUGUGAACCGGAUCGCAGGCAGUGGCGUGGCGUGUCAUUCGGGAAAAAAAAUGUUUAGCGAUAGAUAGUGCUUUCUUACGAUAGUGCAGUGUGUUCCGUGUUUGCUCGACCGAAGAGGAAAUCGUAAACCCUUUUCCCAGUUUGUGUGUGUGUCAUUUGAUAGGGUUGCAUUAGGCGCACCGCGAGUGACAGUAGUUAAUUGCAAACCGUUGUAUUUAUACAGAUUGUCAAACGGGAGGGCAGAAAGACCGGUCACUCAUUCUGGUAUUCACGAGUUUUCACAUGUCGUCCCAGUAUCACAAUAGAUCACACGUCUCGCCGCAACAGUCUAGAUGACGUCCGCUGACGAUUCUAGUUGGCUCAGUUAUUACACUGUGAGAUUGCCGGUAGUGAGUGACUGUCCGGCAGGACAGACGGCUAGGGUCACCUCGAACCUGCAUUCUUCCAGUAGCACAAUGGCAGUUAGCAGAGUGCCGUCACCCCCGCUGCCAGAGGUCAACACACCAGUCGCGGAAAAUUGGUGUUACACUCAGGUCAAAGUCGUAAAAUUCAGUUAUAUGUGGACCAUCAACAAUUUCAGCUUCUGCCGGGAAGAGAUGGGCGAAGUGUUGAAAUCCUCCACAUUCUCCGCAGGUGCUAACGACAAACUCAAAUGGUGUUUACGCGUGAAUCCCAAGGGCCUGGACGAGGAGAGUAAAGACUACCUAUCCCUCUACCUGCUGCUCGUAUCCUGCAACAAAUCUGAAGUGCGGGCAAAGUUCAAAUUUUCGAUACUAAACGCAAAACGGGAAGAAACGAAAGCAAUGGAAUCACAGCGGGCGUACCGGUUCGUCCAGGGCAAGGACUGGGGCUUCAAAAAAUUUAUCCGGCGAGACUUUUUGCUGGACGAAGCGAACGGUCUACUGCCCGAGGAUAAACUUACGAUAUUCUGCGAGGUCAGUGUGGUCGCGGAUAGCGUCAACAUUUCCGGUCAGAGUAACAUAAUACAAUUCAAAGUGCCAGAAUGUAAACUAUCAGAGGAUCUAGGCAUCCUAUUUGACAAUGAAAAAUUCAGCGACGUGACGCUGGCAGUCGGCGGACGGGAAUUCCAAGCACACAAAGCAAUCCUUGCAGCACGUAGUCCUGUGUUUGCGGCGAUGUUCGAGCAUGAGAUGGAGGAACGCAAGCAGAAUCGUGUAGCAAUCACCGACGUCGACCACGAAGUAUUAAAGGAGAUGCUCCGGUUUAUCUACACCGGCAAGGCACCCAAUCUGGACAAGAUGGCGGAUGAUCUGCUGGCGGCAGCCGACAAGUACGCCCUCGAAAAGCUGAAAGUGAUGUGUGAAGAAGCACUCUGUGUUAAUUUAUCGGUGGAAACGGCUGCCGAGACGCUGAUCCUCGCCGACCUGCACAGCGCCGACCAGCUGAAGGCGCAAACUAUAGACUUCAUCAACACCAGCCAUGCCACCGACGUGAUGGACACCGUUGGCUGGAAGAACAUGGUGACAACUCACCCGCACCUGAUAAACGAAGCAUUUCGCGCCCUAGCAACGCAGCAGAUACCACCGAUCGGACCACCCCGGAAGCGGGUCAAGAUGAGCUGA